GCUGAAUUUGGAGCGGGUACUGUGAAAUGUGUAAGCAUGAUGUUGCCUGGAUAAUCAGCGGAGGACUUUAGAAGACAAGAGAGCUACAACCAGCUGAAGGCGAGAGAAGAAGGCAGGACAGCCACACCUCAUGCGUGGGCUAAGCAAAGGCCCGAGUGGAUACGGCUCUGACAAACAUGGGUGUUCUCCAGCUCAACAAUCCCAGUCACUCCAGCACGCUUCUGCAGCGGGCCAACCAGAUGCGUCUGACCGGCACCUUGUGUGACGUAAUCAUCACGGUGGACGGCCAGGAGUUUCCUGCACAUCGCACUGUCCUGGCCUGCACCAGCAAGAUGUUUGAGAUUCUUUUCCACCGCAGCAGCCUGCGCUAUGCCCUAGACUUUCUCUCCCCGAAGACCUUUCAGCAGAUCCUGGAGUACGCCUACACUGCCUCACUCCAGGCCACGGCUGAGGACCUGGAUGACCUACUGUACGCUGCUGAGAUCUUGGAGAUUGAGUACCUGGAAGAGCAAUGCCUGAAGGUGCUUGAGACCAUUCAAGCAGAGGAAAGUGAAGAGGUGGCGCUAAGAAAUCACAGCUCUGUAGAUCACAGUGAUCACAGUCGGGCCAGGCACUGGAGACACAUGUUGAUGUCCAAGAAGCAUUCCUUGCAAGAUGGAACAAAGUGCAGCACUCCCACAGCCCUCCACCACCUGGCUCUGUACCACAUGACAGAGAGGAGCUCUCCUGGUCCAGAUUGUGAUGCAGCUCCUCAACUGAGCCCCAAGCUGGACGCUGAAGUCGACAUGGAGAGUUCCCAGCAGGUUCACAAUGUAUCCCAGGACUCAUCCCUAGAUCCUGCCAGAAGUAUCAAAUCAGAGCGCAUGCAAGUGGAUGACACUGACAGCUGUGAGGGCAGGGCGUCCGGCGCAGGAGAGGUAACAUGUACGUCUGAGCAGCCAAGAGACGAGGGUUCGGGUACACCCCUCAGAGGCAGCGUGAUCACCAGCGCCCGAGAGCUGAACACAGGUUCUGAAGAUGGAGGACAAGCAGUGACCAACACUCUCGACAGUUUUCCUGGAAUCGCGGACAAAGACCUGACCUCCAUUUACUCUGUGGCCUCCAACCACACAGGAGAAGGGCUUCCGGUGUCCGUUUCGGUGGCCCCAUCUCUGGGCGUGCCACUGGAUCCGAGGGCCUACAGUGGCCUGCUACACCAUGGCCUGCUGCACAGGGAGCUGCUGAGCAGGCUGGGCCAGUUUGCAGCAGGGAUGAGGCAUGAGAGCCAGACUCAAGGCCAGCAGUGUUGUGGUGAAUGUGGCCUCCAGCUGCACAGCAGACAGGCUGUAGAACAGCACAGGAGACUUCAUAAUGAGGAGAAGGGCAACAGCUGUGAAUACUGUGGCAAACACUUCCAGGACAGCAUGCGGCUCAGGAUGCACAUGCUGUCUCACACAGGGAUGUGCCGCAGGCGGGAAGCGUCUGCUGUACAGAGAACACCCGGUCCUUCUGUGGCCUCUCAGGCAGACAGUCUGCUCACUGUUCAAAGACUGAUAACAAGCCAUGCUCCUGCAGAAGCGCUGGUGUGCGAUCAGUGUGGAGCAACAUUCUCCUCAGAGGAUGCUCUGGAGGCCCACAGGCAAACACACACAGGGACUGACAUGGCGGUGUUCUGUCUGCUGUGUGCAAAGCGCUUCCAGACCCAGAAGGCCCUGCAGCAGCACAUGGAGGUCCACGCAGGGAUGCACAGCUACAUCUGUAGCCACUGUGAGCGCCCCUUCCCCAGCCACACCACCCUCAAAAGACACUUGCGCUCCCACACAGGCGAUCACCCGUUUGAGUGUGAAUUCUGCGGGAGCUGCUUCAGAGACGAUGGCACACUGAGGGGCCAUAAACGCAUCCACACAGGGGAGAAGCCCUAUGAGUGCAACGGCUGUGGCAAGAGGUUCAGUCUGAAACACCAGCUGGAGACGCAUUACAGGGUUCACACAGGGGAGAAGCCAUUUGAGUGUAAGCUGUGCCACCAGCGCUCCAGAGACUACUCGGCCAUGAUCAAGCACCUGCGUACACACAACGGAGCUUCUCCGUACCAGUGUACCAUCUGCCAGGACUUCUGUCCGAGCCUGGCUGCCAUGCAGAAGCACAUGAAGGGCCACAAACCCGAGGAAGUGCCGCCCGACUGGAGGAUAGAAAAGACUUACCUGUAUGUCUGUUACGUCUGAGCAGGACUUGGACCCCAGGCACAGUCUGACAAACACACAUACUGUCACUACUGGGUGAAAACUUGUGCUGCUGGUUUUAAUGCUGAACGAUUAAAAAUGUUAUGCUGUUUUUGGAAAAAGUUCCCUUGGAGAAACAAAGGUUUUUCAUCUGACUGCAAGCAGGAAUACAGAAGUGUUUACAGAAUAAAAACUGCAACGAAUGAUUACUUUUAUUAGCAGACAAAUUAUUCCGAAUAUGAAGAAUGCUGUAAAGUAGAGACAACUUGGCAAUGACAUUCUAAAAUAAAUAAUUGAGUCUUACAAACAAACAGUCAAAUCCAAAGAGAUUUACAUUGCCUUUUAUUUUGAGGAGCUGGGAGCUGAUUUCUCCUUGUAACAGAUACAAAAGUUUAAUUAUAAAAGCUGCUGACAGAUUCCUGAUUAUUUAACAAUUUGAGUCCUUGUACACACACAUACACACACAUCCUUUCUCACACGCAGAGUUUAGAUAACAUUAUCUCUAAAGGAUCCAUUGUAGUGAAAAAUCAUUGCCACGGUGACUUUCACUGCUGACCUGCAUGUGCAGCAACAGCAUUUCAGUGACUACUAAACCAUCGGGCGAGUUGUGUCAUCUUCAGUUGUGCUGCAGAUGUUAAAAAUAAAUUCUGAAAAGCUUGAUUGGCUGAACUUUGCAACUUCUGUCUCCUAAUUUCCUCUGACGUAGCUUUGUUUUACUGCCGGUGGAUUUUCAGUUUGGAAAACCGUUUUUUUUCUGCAUGUUUUUACUUGAAUGGCUGACCUCAUGAGCUUGAUCUCUUUAAUUGCCUUGUCUUCUCAUGCAGUCAGUGUUUGAUUGGAGGCAACUCACUCAGAUUUGAGAUGCUUCUGUGAAAGAUUUUGCUAUUUAUAUGUUGUUUAUGUGUUACCAAAUAUAUAUGUGCUGGUUUUCAUCACAUGGUCUGCGUCUGUAGGGAUGUUUCCUCGUAGAGCGAGCUCUACCUCCUCACUUACUAGAGAGGCACCAAGAAACCAACUGGUGACCUUCAUUGGUCAGAUUUGAGUUUGAUUUUGUUUUGUUAUCAGUAAAGGUAUAAUAUCUUCAGAACUAACUGGUCACUGUAACAGCCCCAAUCUUCAUUGUGGAUGAUGUUACUGAUGGAAGAAGCCUCAAAGUAAGCUAUUUUGAACAUUAGUUAAGCGUUUUAAAAUAAAUCAGGGGAGGCACAGAAAUGUAAGAAGCUACAAAAGAAAAGUGUAUUUUCAACAACCUGUCCAGACGUGUUUGUUGUUCAUUCAGGCUGCAAGAGAAAGAGCAAGACUUGAAGCAGAUAACAGGAAGGCUGAACAAAGAACAGCAAAGGUGAAGUGUUGCUUUUUUUUUUUCUUUUGCAUUUUCUGCUUUUAGUAUUUACCAUAACUUUUAAUACUGUUAAUCAGUAAGCUGCAACUCUUUAAACAUACCUUUUGAGCUAUGAACAUUUUUUAACUGUACAACUGGCUCAAAUGUCAACAUUUCCUGUGAAUUUCUGUGAUGGCCCCCAGGCCAACAGGGAUUCCUUAAGCAGUUGCUAAAUCUGCUCAUACCUUGGGCAGGCCUGGUAUUAAAGAAGUAAAGAUCCUGUUUCUCACAAAUUGGGUUGCAAAGCGGCUAUAUAUUUCCUUUUGGAAGUAUUCAAAGUUGUACACGUUCUGUGAUAUUAAUAGAGGUUUAGGGGAAGUAAGUUACACUAGGGUAAUUUAAACAGACCACCAUAUCCAAAGGUCAGUGCAAACAGUUAGUUUUUUCACCCAUGUGGUACUUGUACGUUAACCACUAAUACCAUACAUCACACAUGUUUACCCAAGAAUAUCAUGAAAAUCUUUAUGCAGUACACACUUAAAAGUAUUGUUUCAAUAGUCUUGGAGGCUAGGCUCAAACAUGGCCUCAAUAGUCCAGGAUUGUGUAAAUAAUCUGUGAAUGAGAUAGAAAAUGCACGGUGCAGUUAGGGGUCAUGGCUUUGGUACUGCUGUAGUGAGCAGUGCUAUGUGCACAUAUACAUAUACUUACAUGUACUUGCACAAAAACUAGUUUUUGUCAAGAUAACACUAAAAUAUAUUUUCUGCAAAUAAUUUUAAAAUCCCUGUCAAGGGUUAAACUUCAACAUUUUGAAUUCCAGGAUUAUUCACGUUCAUUCCCAUAAAUUCUGUUAAACUUUUAUGGAAAGUUUCCAACAAAGAAAAUUCCUAGAAUUGUGCAACCCUACUCACACACACAGUGGGACUGCUCCUAAUAUAAAAAAAAAUAUAUAUAUAUAUAUAUAUAUGUAUGAUCUUACAUGGCAGGAAGGCUAAAAGAAUAUUCAGAAUACAGAAUAGUUUGAAGUUCUUAACGAUAAAUUGGAAUCAAUCAAACUCUGUAUCAGGAUGUCAAAGAUUUACAAAAACCAGGGUUCGUAUAUUGGACACAGAUCUGUUCAGUGUGUCUCUAUCCUUUACCUUUCACUGUUGGUUUAGAAUUCACUGCGAAUUAUUUGUUUUUCAACAAGAUUCCUUUGAAAAACAUAAUUUGCAUUGUCAAACUGUGUAAAAAAUGUGACAAGCCUCUGCAAGGCUUUUUAGUGUAGUUUUUUAAAACCAUUGCUUCUAUAUAGAUGUCUCAUAAAAAUCCCAGAAUCAGAAGUUUCUAUUAGAAAAUGAAAAACAUGAAAAGAAGCUGUGUUUUUAUAAAACAUGAACAGAAAAUUCUGACAUUCAACUCCUAUGAGCAGGUUAUUGUUGGUCGUAGUGUAGCUGUAAUGUACUGUCAUGGUAUGUGAUUUCCUUAUGUGAGCCUAACAUGGGCCUUAUAGAUCUGUUGUAUUUUUGUAUUAUGGUAAUUUGUUAUUUGUUUACAUUCUGUAUGAUUUGAGACACAUCUUAAUGUUUGUGUGUUUUGUAUGAGUUGAUUAAGACCCCUCCCUUGUGCCUCUUUUAUAAGUAGAGCCUUGAUGUGCUUGAGUACAUGGGUCUGUGCUGUUGGUAGCUGUUUUCUGGGUGUUUGUUUAUUGUUACUAAACUAAAGAUAGACUGCCAUGUAGAUCCACUUUGUCUGAAUAAUGCAAAUGGAAGCAACAAACUGUGAUAGUGGCUGAUAAUCUGAUGCAAGGUCUGAGCAACUUUUCAUGUAAAGAAAAAAAAAAAAAACUUCUGAAAAAAGUGGCGCGCUUGUCUCAAACUGUUCCCUUCAGGGUGACAAUGGACUGACAUCUCUGGACGAUGAGCAAAGCUUGGCAUCUGUGGGCAUUACCAAUGCCUUGCUAAGUCGCCAACAACACUCAGUGCCAUGAAAACCCACAGUCACUGUAUCUAUUCUACAUGAACAUGCACUAAAAAUGGAUUUCCUCGAUGGACCAAAAGAAAUAGAGCACUUUUGUUUGAAAAGGUUUUUAUUUUCUUUGAUCUUUGUAUGUUGUGAUAAUGCAGCUGUCUUUCAUUUGAUGUGUCCUAGAAGGAUGUGAUUAGCAUUGUUUAGAUUAUGUCACUGUCUGUCUACCUCAGGACCAGAUCAAAGCUCGAGCUGGUAUCCAAUCAGGGUUGUUCUUCUUGCCAUGUGUGCAGUAAAAAAAAGAAAAAAAAAAAAAAGAAAAGAAAUAUCCCUCUUCAUUACAGCUUUGUAACACAGUGUGUGCAAAUGUUUUCUCAGUGUGGAUUCAGGCACAACUCUGUAUGUGUCGGUGUUCAGUGGCAUGGUUUUAAAAAAAGAAUAAAACGAUUUACUAUUUUAUGCA